CAUCACAAACACACUCGACACCUUGAGCCAUGGCAGCUCUCUCCUACCUCUUCUCACUCUCACUCUCCCUCCUCUACUUCUCCUUAGCUGCCCAAGCCCUCAACACCCCAGACCCCAAAUGCAGUGCCACCAACGACCACGGCUCUGACCUCCAAGUCUUCCAUGUCUACAGCCCAUGCUCCCCCUUCAGACCCGCACAGACACUCUCAUGGGAGGAGGACGUGCUCCAAACGCUGGCCAAGGACCAGGCCAGGCUCCAGUUCUUGGCCAGCCUCGCCGGGGCUAAGAAGUCUAUCGUCCCCAUUGCGUCGGGACGACAAAUCAUUCAGAGCCCCACCUACAUUGUGAGGGCCAAGAUUGGAACUCCUCCUCAGACUCUGCUCAUGGCUGUCGACACCAGCAGUGAUGCUGCUUGGGUUCCUUGCAAUGGCUGCGUCGGCUGCUCUUCCAAUGUCUUUAACUCUCUCAAAUCCACCACCUUCAAGUCUGUUGGCUGUGGAGCUCCUCAGUGCAAGCAGGCACCCAACCCCAGCUGCCUUGGAAGCACCUGCAGCUUCAAUAUGACAUAUGGAGGUUCCAGCAUAGCAUCAAACCUAUCAACAGAUACCUUCACCCUAGCCAACGAUGUCGUGCCUGCCUACACCUUCGGUUGCAUCCAGAAGACCACCGGCAGCUCAGUGCCGCCGCAGGGUCUUCUGGGUCUUGGCCGAGGGCCGUUGUCGCUUCUAUCCCAGACCCAAAACCUCUACAAAUCCACGUUCUCAUACUGCCUCCCUGGCUACAAGUCACUCAACUUCUCUGGGUCACUGAGGCUUGGAACUGUUGGGCAACCCAUUAAGAUCAAGUACACCCCAUUGCUUAAGAACCCUAGGAGGGCAUCACUCUAUUAUGUCAACCUAAAUGCAAUUAGGGUUGGAAGGAGAAUUGUUGAUAUCCCCCCAUCUGCUUUGGCUUUCAAUCCCACUACUGGUGCAGGGACAGUCAUUGAUUCUGGCACUGUUUUCACUCGGCUAGUGACACCCGCCUACGAGGCAGUCCGCAACGAGUUCCGCCGAAGAGUCGGCCGCAAGCUACUGGUGACGACCCUCGGCGGAUUCGACACGUGCUACACUGCCCCGAUUGUCGUGCCCACGAUCACUUUCAUGUUCACGGGCAUGAACGUGACGCUGCCGGCCGACAACGUAGUGAUCCGGAGCACGGCAGGUAGCACAACAUGUUUGGCCAUGGCAGCGGCGCCAGACAAUGUGAACUCGGUUCUGAAUGUGAUCGCCAACAUGCAGCAGCAGAAUCACAGGGUGCUCAUUGAUGUGCCCAACUCAAGGCUCGGUGUUGCCCGUGAGCAAUGCACCUAAAUCUCCUCUGUUUGCUGCGAUCAUUUCCCAGAUCCCAUGACUCUUUUGGUCAAUGGCCCUAGUAUUUAACUAGUACGUAAACUAUUACUAUUCUAAAAUUAUGCUUGGAUGACUUGGGUUGUGACAAAGCUUUGUGUUAAUCGUUAUAACUGUUAAAUGAUGGACUAGCAAUAGUACAAGAUCCAAAUUUGAUGUCAUUUGUAGCUUUGUACCGACAUAUAUUCACGGGAGUGGCUUAGCUUUGUGUCCUUUUUUCAAGUUCACGGGUUAUUUUGCAAAAGGCUUGCAUAAGAACCCUGACUCCAAGGUUUUUGAUUCAAUAAAUUUUUGUUUUACGUACUA